AGGGAGGAGAGUUGAAGAGAGGAAAGGGGAAGGAACAUCAAAAGAAUGGGAGAAGACGAGAAGGGACGGGGUGUUACAAAGCUCCUACCUUUUAGAACUCAGAAAAGAAAAAGCUCAGGAACAGAGACACAGACACACCAGAUUUCAAAACACAAAGGAAACAAAAAAAAACAUUGAUUUCAAAAGGAAAGUGACAGAAGAAGUAGAACAGAAGAAAAAAUUGUUAAAAAAAGAAAAAGAUGACAAUUGGAAAGAGUUCCAGAAAGGGUUCUAUCAGGGCCCCGAAUUUCCUGGAUAAAACCUCUGGGUUCUAUGGUCGCCUUGAUGAGCCUGAGACAGUGGUGGGAGGAGAGGGGGGAAACAGGAUGACUGGGAUGAGAGAGGGAGACUUGGGGGGAUCGUGCCCAGCCACUGAGGUCUAUACAGGGGCAGAAGCCCACCAGGGAGAACAUGGGGUGUUUGACUUUAACCUGGGAAUGAUGGAAGAGGAUAAUACCACUCUGCUCCGGAGAAAAUCCAGCCGUCUCAGCUCGCGCUUGAGAAGAAGCAUCAGGAAGACAUUGCCACAGACGGUCUCGUCCAGUUUUGAUAUUAGUACAGAAAUGGAGACUGACACCCCUGUCCUGGAGGUCACUGCAGUGAAAGUGAAAAGCCACUGGAGGAGUAGCAACAGGAAGAAACAGCAAACUGAGUCCCAGAAAGUCUCCCCCAGGGAGGUAGACCUGACUCUGGGUGAGGAGAGAGGGAUAUUGACCCUAGGCCUGGAGGUCCUGGAGGUGGAGAUAAAGGUAGAAACUGAGGAAGGACAGAGGGAGGAAGAGGAGGGAAUGCUGGACACCCAAGAACCGACGGAUGACCAGGUUUUGAUAAAGGACAAGAAGAGAGGGAAACAAGAGGAAACUGAGGAGAAGAGGAAGAUUAAGGAACAGGAGGAGAAGAAGAAGAGGAGCACGCUGAAGAACUACCGCAAGGCUUUCGACCGAGCAUUCCGUCGAGGGUGGGAGAACUUCAUCACUAACCUCUACAGCGUGACACUUGCCCCUGUGUCACCUUCAUCUGCAUUGUUGUCAUCGUCAGCAACAUCAAAGGGAACCCAAUGUGACUCAGUGCUGGAAGAGGACAGAGUAAUCUGUAAAGACCAAAACCUUUACAGUAUGACAGCCAAACCUGUCUUAUAUUCAUCUUCAUCAUGAAAUGAAAUACACCAUGACUCAGUACUAGAAGAGUAUAGAUUAAUCUGUCCACAUCAGUAGUUCCAAUAAGAUUGUAUGAGUUGUUAUUUCAGACUGAAUCUUGAUUGGACCGAAUGGUCAUUUUAUAUUAUUGUGUGAAUGUCUCAAUCAGUCCAUCAAUGAAACAAUCAAUCAGUUGUUGAUUUCAUGACAGCAUUGAGGGCAGAGGGUUUACCAUCUCUGCUUUAUUUUUCAUAUCUAUUGUUUAACACUUUCUCACGGGGUAAAGAUCAGCCUGUAGAUAUCUAAGGGGUUAUAUGUCAUACACUUUAUUGUUAUGCAUACAGAAGGAUAGAGUUUGUCUUUAAACUGUGACUCAACUUUGGUAAACCUGCUUUUAGUUGCACCCAAUGUUUGAAAAUGUUUAGAGGUCCCUAGACCUGGAUGCACUCUCUGGACAGUUUAAAAUGUAGAUUGGGUAUCUUUAUCUAUAUUUCUUUACUUUAUGUAUAUGUAGCACUUUCAAAUGUGUGUAUGUGAAAAAGAGAAAGAGAUUUACCUUAGUGGACUUUAGAAUGAAGAGACAUUGUUCCACAAAUUAUGUCUAUUGAGCUGAAGCUUACCCUUGGUGCUGACAGGUGUCUUGAUUGUUUGAUAAAGAGGAACAUGUAUCUAACAUCUGAGGGCACAAAACUGUCCAUCUCAGACUUAGGUUUUCUGAAAUUGUCUAAAAAGAGGUAACAUAUUUCAUACUUAAUGUAUUAUAUACAUCACUGUGCACACUCUUCAGGAUAAUCUCAAAAUGUUUCUCCUAAACGUUUAUGUAGUGUGAAUGAUUGCCGAAAAUGAUAAUGUCCAGUCUCUUGCAGCAUUGAGGUAAUGUUCAGAACUUACUGAGCUGGAAAAUAAACAGUGUAAAAACAUAUUUUAUGUAGCCAAAAAAAAGUGCCAAUAUAUUUAACAUUUUGAUAAUGCUUGUUGUGAAAUAAAAUGUGCUUUAGAAUAUAAGAGAAUUUCUAGAAUGUUUUUAUCCUCCUUAAAAAGAAAGCUU